UAAGAGAGAAAUCUAUGAAGGCUGGAACUGCUGAUAAAAAAUAUGUAUGAACAUGGAACAUAACUUUUAUGUCUGUUGCAUUUGAAAUAGAAAAUAGAAAUUAAGGAUGUAAAAACACUAAAACGUGUGAUAAGGUCGAGUGUCAAAGACCAAAGUACUUGCUCUUGUGCUGUUGCCAAGUGCCAACUGCACCGUUCACAGUGUCCACAAAGUUUCCUCGUGUCACUGCUUGCCAGUUCUUGCGCUCAAUGUUUAUAGCUAGGAGCAUACGGUCAUAGUGAUGCAGUCAGAGCAGAAGAAUGGCGCAAGCAGAAAGAACACCGAGUUUCCUCCACUUGCCAGUGAAGGGAAAAACGUCUUGUUUCGGAUAUCUUCGGGUUUUAUUUUUUGCACUUUUUCAUAUAGCUCAGGCAAAUAAACAAGCAUUCAUCCAAUCAGACACAAUCUUAGAGGUACUUCACUUUGGUGAGGGAGGCCUCUUGCAGAUAGAGCCUGACCUUCACCUGGCUUCAUAUAAUCAAAAAAGCUCACCCUUACAGAGAGGGAACAGCAGGCCCAUACGCUUUGAGCCGCCAAUGCUGGACUUCCAUGAACAGCCUGUUGGAAUGCCAAAAAUGGAGAAAGUUUAUUUGCACAAUCCUAGUGCAGAGGAAAUAAGCUUGAUAUCUAUAUCAGCAACAACUGCACAUUUUCAUGCAUCAUUCUUUCAAAACAGGAUAAUUCCACCAGGGGGGAAUACGUCGUUUGAUGUGGUCUUCCUCGCUCGAGUAGUAGGAAAUGUAGAGAAUACUUUAUUUAUUAAUACCUCGCAUCAUGGAGUGUUUACAUAUCAGGUGUUUGGUGUGGGGAUCCCCAACCCCUACAGGCUGCGGCCGUUCAUCGGGGCCCGAGUCCCAGUCAACAGCAGCUUCUCUCCACUCAUAAACAUCCACAACCCACACAGUGAGCCACUGCAGGUAGUGGAGAUGUACUCUAGUGGAGGAGACCUGCACCUGGAGCUCCCCACAGGGCAGCAGGGAGGAACGCACCAUCUGUGGGAGAUUCCCCCGUUUGAGACGAAGGGGGUGAUGAGAGCCAGUUUCUCGUCGAGAGACGCAGACAACCACACGGCCUUCAUCAGAAUCAAAACAAACGCCUCCAACCAGGACGAGUUCAUCAUCCUGCCUGUAGAGGUGGAGGUCACCUCGGCACCAGGAAUCUACUCCUCAAUAGAAAUGUUGGACUUUGGAACGCUACGCUCACAAGAUCGACCAAAGCAGUUGAAUUUGCAUCUUCUCAAUUCCGGAGCAAAAGAUGUGCAAAUAAUGAGCGUUCGAGCGACGCCGUCAAACGAUGCCAUCACAAUAGACUUCAAGGCCGUCACGCUAAAAGCUGGAGAACAUAGAUACACCAAAGUCGCUAGUAUUAGUUUUGAUGCAUCGAAAGUUCAAAAAGCUUCCCAGUCCUCUGGUAAAAUAACAGUAAAAGCGAAAGAGAAAAGCUACUCCAAACUUGAAAUCCCAUACCUAGCUGAGGUUCUAGACGGGUAUUUGGGGUUUGACCAUACAGUCACGUUGUUCCACAUUAGAGACAGUGUUCUAGAGCCAGUGGUCAAACCCAUCCACCUCACCAACACCUUCCACUUUGCCAUCCGCAUCCAUGACGUGUCCCUUCCAGAUGAAGCCAAGACCAUGUUCUUAGUGCAGAACUUCAGUGAGCCGGUGUUGAUCCCCCCUCAGGAGUCUCGUUACAUCUUCUCCCUCCACUUCCAGCCUGUCCGGCCCUCCAAUCACAUCGACAGCAACAUCCUGCUGGUCACCAACGCCUCCAAGUUCCACCUCCCCGUCCGCGCCUACACUGGAUUCCUGGAGCCCUUUGUCCUGCCGCCCAGUCUGCAAGAGAACUUCCUGGACUUUGGUGUCCUCAGCGCGACAGACACCAGCAGCAUCCUGUUUGUGGUUGUCAACAGCAACCCCAUCGAGCUGGUGAUCCGGCCAUGGCUGCUGACAGGAGAGAGUCUGAGUGUGGAGCUGUUGAAGAUCGAGAGAGGCAACAGAACCACGGUGCUGACCAAGACCAGAGAGCUACACAGCGCCUCAGCUUCUCCUCACAAAACGGUGAUCCUAGCCUCGGGCUACUACGCUGCCUUCCGGGUCACCCUGGUGGCUAAAGACCUGGAGGGGGCCUACGACGGAGCUAUCCACAUCACAACAGACUACCAGAUAUUAACGAUACCAGUGAAAGCAGUUGUUGCAGUGGGCACGUUGACCAGCUAUCCCAAACACAUUGUCCUCCCGCCAUCUUUUCCGGGUAAAGUAGUGCAGCAGAGUCUAAGCAUGGUGAGCUCGUUCUCUCAGAAGGUGACCCUACAGCAGAUCCACUCUCUGACUGAGGACUCACGUUUCUACUACAGGAGACUGAAGAACAACCGGGACGAGCUGGAACCCAAACGCAAGUCGAAGGUCGCCAAGAUUUAUUUUGACGCCAGCUUGCAGUGUGGCGACCACUGUUAUGUGGGAGUACCGUUUGUUCUGAAAUCUGAGAGCAGACCGCCUGGGCUGUCGAUGCAGGAGGAUAUGUGGGAUGUGGACGUAGAUUUGUAUCAAAUGCUCCGUCGGCGAUGGAAAGCACUGAAGGAGAGUUCAGGACACAUGGCGGAGGCGGUGUUUGAGGCCAACGCUGACCUCCAGAAGAACAUUGAGACCAGAGUGUCAGCUCAGCUGAAGUGGCCUUCUAUCAUGAACUCUUCCCAGCAGGUCCUGUUCCCUCUCACCAGCCUCACCAGCUCAUCGGAGAUAGAGGUUGUCUUGGAGAACCCAGCUGACGUUCCUGUCUAUGUCCAAGUUCUGCCAUUAGCCCUCUAUCCCAACCUCCCGGCUGUCACCCAUAAACUGUCACAAAUGUUUCCCCUGGAGAGGCUCCCACACUUCACCCCUGACACAAUGGAGUUCCAGGUACACAGAAACCACACGCCUGUGGUCAGAGGCAGCGCAGGCUUCGCCGAGGGCUCGACGACACAACCCUACGUUUACAACCUAAUGCUGCAGCCAGAGGAAGUGAGGUCGCUACGUUUGAAAUUCUCCCCCGUCAGCAACCACACGGUUUCCUCUCUGCUUAUGCUAAGGAACAACCUGACGGUGAUGGAGUUCCUGGUGGUGCAGGGUCAGGGCAGCUAUGAAAGGCUGAAGGUAGGGGGCAAGGCCCCGGGACCAGGGGGAUUCCUCAGGUUCAAGAUGACUGAGUCUCUACUGAAGGACUGCACAGACAAAAUGAAGUCGAAGGAGCCGAACGUCACUCUGAGAAAAUCCUUUAAGUUAGAGAACACUGGACAGCUGGAAAUUAACAUUCAAUCCACUGAAAUAAACGGACGUCCCUGUGAGGGAUUCGGCUUUAAAGUCCUUAAUUGCCAAGAGUUUUCACUAAAACCCAAUGCUUCGAAAGAAAUCGUCAUAUUGUUCACGCCAGACUUCACAGCCUCCAGGGUGAUCCGGGAGUUAAAGUUCAUCACCACCGGAGGAUCUUACUUUGUGUUCUCCCUCAACGCCUCUCUGCCCUACCACAUGCUGGCUGCCUGUGCUGCUGUCCUCCCCAGACCCAACUGGGAGCUGGAGCUCUAUGUCAUCAUCUCUGUCAUCAUGAGCUCUAUGUUUUUGCUGGUGAUAGUAGCGGCCUAUCUGGAGGCCCUGGGGAUCUGGGAGCCGUUCAAGAGACGCAUGUGUUUCGAAACAUCCAGCACCUCCAUGGAGACUGGGAGGCCCUUUGACCUCAGGGAAAUAGUACGACUUCAAAGCGAUGCACAUAUGAAUGGGUACGGUGGAGAAGCCAACCACAACUCCCUGCGAGGGAUGCCAGGCUCUGCCUCCAGGGCUGCUAGCAGGAACACCAGAGGAGGCCACAACCGAGGCCCCACACAACCCCUGAUCCCUCCCUCCCAGCCAGGCUCCAAAGUCUCAGACAGCACCUCCUCCUCUGGCCAACAGGCCAGCCGCAAGGCCCGGAGCCCCAAGCAGCCACAGCCAGCUCCAGAGAACCAGCAGCACCCCUCACAGGCUGGUCCUUCAGCCCCAGGAAGAAGUCCCUUAGAUGGGCCACGCCGGCACAGCUCGGAGGACUCGGACUAUGUGAGCCUGGUGGAGACCAUGGAUAAAGACCUGGACAGACCAGAGUCUGCUGAGGAGGGGGGGAAUCAGGAUGCAGUUUAUGGCAAAGCCAGUGCAGCCAAAGGGAAAGUGCAGCAGACCAAAGCCAAGGCCCCGAAGAAGAAGGAAGAGAGGGAGAAGAGGAACAAGGGAAGAGCUCAGGGAGGAGAGGAACAGAAGGAGGACAACGAUGACAGCUCCUCCACCACCACAGAGAACUCCAACCCAGACAUAAUGGAGGACAACAAAGGGAAGAAGAAAUAUGAUACUCCUGAAGCUCACUCAAAGUCCAAGAACAAGAAGCCAGCAGCCAUUACAAAGGAGAAGAGCCAAAUGGAUGCAAAGUCUAGCUCACUGGAGCUCCCAUACGUUACCCCACUGGAAAACAAGCGCAAGAGCUUCAAUUCCAAGGCCCUGGCCAGCAGCUCAACAACAACAACAACCAUAACAAGACCCAUACCUCCUAAACCAAGAGUGCCUCGUGUGAAGCUGGAAGACUUCCGCCCCCCUCUCCUGGCUAAGUUCCUGUUCAACGAACCGGUGGCGCAGGAGCUGGGGAACAGCAGCGGCUCAGAAGGGGAGAAGGACAUCUCUCCUCCCCCGGAGUGGGACUGUGUUCCCCUCCACAUAGCACACAAUGCUGUGGACAGUCUCCAGCAGAUCUCCCUGCAGACCAUGAACGCUGAUCCCUUCCUGAAGAGACCCAUCGAAACCCCUCCCCCUCCCUCAUCUGAUCCCUUCCUACAGAGAACCAUCGGAACCCCUCCCCCUCCCUCGUCUGAUCCCUUCCUGAAGAGACCCAUCGGAACCCCUCCUCCUUCGUCUGAUCCCUUCCUAAAGAGAACCAUCGGAACCCCUCCCCCUCCCUCGUCUGGCUUCUCUCUGUAUGACUCCUAUAGCGGCAUGGUCAACACUGCUACCAGCGAGGUGGGUCUGAUGUCUACUGCAUCAGGCAUAAAGAACAAGCUGACCAAGUUGGUCUCCGUACCUGGUCAGAACGGGAACCCUACCUUUGCUGCUGUGGCGGCUGGAUUCGACAAAAGCCCAGGGUGCAGUGCAACGAAGGCGGCUGUGGGGAGCAGAGACAGAGAUGUCCUCCAACACCUCUCCUCUGUAGAGAGUGAUGGAUCAGACAGCUCGGGGUUGUGGAGCCCUGUAGGGAACGGCAGGAGACCCAGCCUCAACUCUGUCAACUCCUUCUCAGCCUUCGGACCCAGCAACACCUUCAACCUGUCUGGAGUGUUCAGUGGGAUGACCGCGGGAAGGAGUGCUAUGGAGCCCCAGCAGAGUUGGCCUGAGUUCAGACAUACCACCCCGUCCGUCUGGCCAAACGAGUCCCUGCAGCCUCUACAGCCCUGGCCCAUCCAGCCCAGCUCCAGCUCCCCUGCUACCCCCACCACGUCCAUCCUGGGCAGCAGUAGCAUGUGGGGCUCCAGCCCUCCAUUCAGCCCCUCCAUCUGGUCCACCAGCCCCCCCUCUGACUCCCCCCUACACUCCUUCUCUUCUUCCUCUGCUUCCCCCCUGACCGAUCUGAUGGGUAGCACUGACAGUGGAACCCCGCUCCCGGCCCCAACAAAGCCCUCCCCCACGCAGCUGAGCCCCUCCUACAACCCCUGGAGCAUGUGGAGGCCCACCUUCAGUAGACGAAGCUCGGAGCCCUGGCCCAACCAAUCGGACAGCAGCACCGGCUGAAGGGGAUGCCAGCGCGGUCUCCACCCACUGAUAGACUGAGAAGAAGAUGAACGCAUUUUCCCCUGUUUUGAAUUUCACCAAAUUCCUAUUAUAAUGUACACAUUGGAUUUCUAAGCAAAUGAUGUCCUCAGAAUUAGUCUGUUUUUAUGACGACUUGGCAAACUUAUCAACAAAACGAUAUUAGUAGAAGAAUCAUAAAAGAAGAAUCCUUAUCAGACUGACAUAUUAUGGUUAAAUGCAGCUGUUUUUUUUUUCAAAUACAUCCUCGGUAAUGUUUUUGAUAGCAGUGACGGACCUAAGUGCAAUCAGGAACCAUCUGAGAAAUAAUAUUCUGUUCAUUAUUUAGUACUGCUGUUUUGGCAUUACAUUAGAGUUACUUAUUGGAAUCCAGCACAGUGUUUAAGCCUUAUCAUCGCUCCAUUAGAGAUUAUUAUUUAAGGGUUACAAUCAGUUAUUAAGACUGGCAGUAAAGGGAUUUUUUUGGUGAAAAGUCAUUUUCAUGACUGCUGUGUCAAGUCGAUGCCAGUGGCAUCAGAAGACCAUGACUUUACGUUUCUAUGCCAUUGCAAGCCUGAACACAUUUUGUUUUAUUUGUCGAACAACUCACAACAUUCAUGGCCAAUAUUGGCGAGAGAUGCUUUUUAAGUUAUUUUAAUUACCAUGCUAAGUUUUAAAGUCUGUUAAAAGAGAGGGUUUUCAUUUCCUUUUUAAACAGUUUGAAAAAUGUUGGUGGAUACAAAGCUUCCCCUCUUUCUGACAUGUUGGAAAUGUGGGACAUUUGUCACAGCUUCCAUAUAAAACAUAUGAGACAGUUA